CCCGACUCCAUCAGCGGAGCCUGCAGAGGAGAAGAAAGGCUCCGGUCCUGGAGCUCCACACAGACCAGGAUCAAAGGGAAUCCCCAUCUGAUCCAAAUGUCGUUUGAAUGUUUUAUGGUAGACAAGACAUGGAGAUCUGAAAGGCAGUGAAACUCUUCCACACAGCAGACAUGGCCACUGCUUCUAGAGGAAGUCUAAUUAUUGAGGACAACUUUCUCUGCUCCAUCUGUCUGGAUGUGUUCAAAAAGCCGGUGUCGAUCCCCUGUGGGCACAACUUCUGUCUUGACUGCAUCAAAGACUACUGGGACACAAAUAAAACUAUAUUCCAGUGUCCACUGUGUAAAGAGCAAUAUCUCAGCAGGCCGAUGCUUCGGGUUAACACUGUCAUUGCUGAAAUUGCUGCAAAGUUUAAGCAAUCUGUAGAAGACGGAGCUGCAGGAAGCUCUGAGGAAGCAGGAAAUGGAAACGUGCUCUGUGAUCGGUGCACAGGGGCGAAGCUUCCAGCAGUCAAGUCCUGCUUAGUGUGCUUCAUGUCUUUCUGUGAUGCACAUCUGGAGCCUCAUCACAGAAUCCCAGCCAUGAAGAAGCACAAGCUGAUCCAUCCGGUGGAGAACCUGGAGAGCAGGAUGUGCAAGACGCACGACGAGCCUCUGGAGCUGUUCUGCAGAGUGGAGCAAAUGUUCGUGUGCCAGUCGUGUAAAGACAGCGACCAUAAAAGCCACAAGAUAGUCAGCCUGGAGGAGGAGGCGCAGGUGAGGAAAACCCAGCUGGGAAUGCAAAAGGAAAGCAUGGACCACAUGAUCCAGGUGCGUCAGCAGAAAAUCCAAGAGAUCCAAGAGUCAGCGGAGGUAAGCAGAGAAAACGCAAAGAAGGCUCUGUCACGCAACCAGCACGUGAUGACGGCGGUGGUGGACUACAUCAGGAGGAGCCAAGCAGAGCUGACGGAGGUCAUCGAGACGAAGCAGGAAAAAAUAGAAAAGGAGACAAGAGGCGUGAUUAAAGAACUGGAGGGAGAAAUUAUGCAAAUUAAAGAAAGAAGCUUGCAGCUUAAUAAAGUGUCAAUCAAAGAGGACGCGCUGAUGUGUCUGGAGAACAUCCUGUCUCUGACCAUCACGGCGCCGCAGGUGAAGGACUGGUCUGAUGUCACCAUCAACAGCGACAAGUUCACGGAGCAGGGCGCCAUCGCCAGGCUGGAGACCACAGUGAGGAGAGAGAUCAGGAUGCUGUGUGAUCCAGACUUGAAAGAGAUGCAGCGCCAUGCUGUGGACGUGAGUCUGGAUCCUGACACAGCAAACCCUCAUCUCCACAUCUCCUCAGAUGGGAAACAAGUCACACAUGCAGACAGAAAGAGGAACGUCCCCAACAAACCAGAGAGGUUCGAACACGUCCUUAAUGUCCUCGCUAAGGACGGUUUCUGCUCGGGGAAAUUCUACUACGAGGUGCAGGUUAAAGGCAAAACAAACUGGGAUUUAGGAAUCGCUAACCAGUCCAUCAACAGGAAGGGAGACAUCAGACUGAGCCCCAAGAACGGAUACUGGACCAUUUGGUUGAGAAAAGGAAACGAGCUAACGGCUAACGCCGGCCCGGCCGUUACCCUCCAGGUUAGAGAGAUGCCCCAGAAGGUCGGGGUGUUUGUGGACUACGAGCUGGGCCGAGUGUCCUUCUACGACGUGGACACCAGGGCCUGCAUGUUCUCCUUCUCCGGCUGUGACUUCACAGAGAAGAUCUAUCCCUUCUUCAGCCCCUGUGCUAAUGAUGGAGGCAAAAACAUGGCUGCCUUGAUCAUCACUUCUGUCAAGAAAAACAUCUGAGUUCCUGUUUUGUUUUCUGGGAUUUGUGAAAGAAAAAGGAACAAAAAGCCUUUCCUAACCCUUUCCAGAAUUUAAUUGAAAAUUAUGCAGUUUAAUGUCUCAGUGUACUCUGAAAUUAAUGCACAUGUGCAACAAGUAAAAUUCUUUAUUGAGCAUGAUAGUGUUUUGAAAGUAAAAAAAAGAUUCAAAAUCACAUUUUAUGUUGGACCAAAAGACUAAAAAAAGACACCAAAAGACACUAAAUGACUAAAAAAAGACACAAAAUGACUAAAAAAAGUCACAAAAUGACCAAAAAAAGACACAAAAUGACUUACAAAGACAUGAAAAGAAUUCAAAAAUGGACAAAAUAGCCCAAGACUCCAUAGAGUUAAGUUGUUAACCCAUUUCUUGUUCCCUGAAAAAGGCCUACUUGUAUAAUUCAGAAAUGUACAUUAUUUUUCACAGAGAAGAUCUUUCCCUUCUUCAGCCCCUGUGCUAAUGAUGGAGGCAAAAACAUGGCUGCCUUGAUCAUCACUUCUGUCAAGAAAAACAUCUGAGUUCCUGUUUUGUUUUCUGGGAUUUGUGAAAGAAAAAAAGGAACAAAAAGAGAGAGAGACAGGGCAGUGGGACUUGGAGAGGGAUCAUAAUAGUGCCGAAAUGUGUUUUUUUCAUCUGUGAAACUCUUGUUGUGUCAUUCUGUUUCUCCCAUCCAUCAGCGUCACUGCUGUGUGUCACUAUGUCGCCUGUCAUAGAGACAGCUGCAGCCGUAAGGACAUUCAGUCCUGACACAGUCGUACAUUUGCUUCAGCUACAAACAGAAAUCUUUAUGAGCUGCCCAUUAAUUUUUAUGCUUUUGAGCUACUCUUGGCUGCCAACAUGCCAAAGAUAGGGGACAUAACAUUUACAAAUAUUUCAUAAUGCUUGUUUGUGCUGCAUAUAUCAGGACGGUUUACUUGUGACAUGAUGGAUGGCUCUGACACCUUCAGCAGGCUGAAAUAACUAUUUCUGUGUUCACAAAACAACCUUUGACCUUUUAACAUUAACAGUGAUCUGUAACUAUGUAUGACUUUUUUGUUGUUGAUUUUUUUUUUUGCUAUGAUGCUGGUUGUCUCUUACAGUAAAUCAAGUUGUUAUAAUCUGUAAAUAAUAAUAAUAAUAUAUAGCUAAAGAGCUUCAGGUUUCAGCGGGUCAGAUUGAAUUGUAUCUCUGGAUUGUCUCUGAAUAAGAAUCAGCCGUUUCUCUAUGAUGAUGAUGCAUUUUUGGUUAAAUAACGAUGUUAAAUGAGCGUUCCAAGGUCUUAAAUAACAACAGUUACAUGUUUUUCAUAUGUGAUGUAGAAGUGAAUGGCAUGUCUGUAUUAAUACUGAAACCAUUAGUUGAUUUAUAAAUUAGAUUAAAUAAUAAACAGAAAAUGAAUCGACAAUGAUUGUGAUUUUGGACUGAUGGUUGAAAAAAAAAAAAAAACAUUUCAUUUGUCUUUAAAUGAUCAGUUGCAGCCUUUUGUGCUGUAGAUGUGUUGAUGUAUAAAGUAUCUAAUGUUGACUGAAAUGCAGAUAAUAAAUGUGUUUAAGGAA